UGUGGACAGACCAUGGCGUAGUGCAGCGCUAUGUGACAGGCUAACAUCAGAAAAACAUCUCCGGAGAGACGCGUCUGCGCACUGUAUUCUGCUGUCAGCGACGGUUGGGGAGAGAAAUAAGGAUGGGGUCCCGAAUCAAGGAGAGCCCAGAGUCCACUUUUGAGGUGUAUCUGGAGGUCGCCCACCCAGGCACACACAGCUCAGGGCCGGAGGUGCGAAGGCAGUUCCCUGAAGACUACACAGACCAGGAGACUCUUCAGACUGUGCCCAAGUUCUGUUUCCCCUUCAGCAUGGACAGCCUGACAGUCAACCAGGUCGGCCAGAACUUCACGUUCGUGUUGACGGACAUUGAGAGCAAACAGAGAUUUGGCUUCUGUCGCCUGUCCUCAGGUGCACACACCUGCUACUGCAUUCUCAGCUACCUGCCCUGGUUUGAAGUCUUCUACAAGUUACUUAAUAUCCUUGCAGAUUACACUAUCAAAGGCCAGGAAAGCCAAUGGCAAGAGCUUCUGGUAUCACUACACACGCUCCCCAUCCCUGAUCCUGGAGUCCCUGUUCAUCUUGGUGUGCAUUCCUUCUUCACUGUGCCUGACACAAGGGAGCUCCCCAGCAUACCUGAGAAUAGAAACCUAACAGAGUACUUUGUAGCAGUAGAUGUCAAUAACAUGCUUCACCUGUACGCUAGUAUGCUUUAUGAACGCCGAAUCCUCAUCUGCUGUAGCAAACUAAGCACUUUAACAGCUUGUGUCCAUGGGUCUGCAGCCAUGCUAUAUCCAAUGCACUGGCAACAUGUCUACAUUCCUGUACUGCCUCAGCAUCUAUUAGACUACUGCUGUGCCCCAAUGCCCUACCUCAUCGGAGUACAUUCCAGCCUGAUGGAGAAAGUUCGAGGGAUGGCUCUGGAUGACGUGGUGGUCCUGAAUGUGGACACAAACACCCUGGAAACCCCCUAUGACGACCUCCAAAGCCUGCCCAAUGAUGUGGUUUCAUCUUUAAAAAGUCGUUUGAAGAAGGUGUCAACAACAACAGGGGACGGCGUGGCUCGAGCCUUCCUGAAGAGUCAGGCGGCUCUGUUCGGCAGCUACAGGAACGCUCUGCAGAUCGAGUCGGGCGAACCAAUAACAUUUAAUGAAGAAACCUUCGUGAAUCAUCGAUCCAGUGCCAUGAGACAGUUCCUCCAGAAUGCCAUUCAGCUGCAGCUCUUCAAACAGUUCAUUGACGGCCGCCUGGACCUGUUGAACUCAGGGGAAGGCUUCAGUGACAUCUUUGAGGAGGAGAUCAACAUGGGCGAAUAUGCAGGCAGUGACAAGACCUACCACCAGUGGCUGUUCACUGUGAAGAAAGGGGGCGGGGCUAUCUUCAACACAGUGAAGACCAAGGCAAACCCAGCCAUGAAGACCGUUUACAAGUUUGCUAAGGACCAUGCAAAAAUGCGUAUUAGGGAAGUCAAGAGCCGACUAAAGCAGAAGGAGCAGGCAGAAAAUGGCUUCUCAACGGGAGGGCCAGCGGUCGAUGCAGAUGAUGACCCCGCUGCGGGGGUUACCUCUGCCACCAGUGCAGUCAGGAGGGAGGCGCCACUGCGAACCUGGGAGGACCACAGGCCUAUCACUGUGCACUUUGGACAGGCUCGGCCACCUAUGUUACUGAAGAGACCAAGCAGCAACGUGAGUCUGGAAAGCAGCAUUGACCACUCUAUCCGUCCUACUCGUCACUACACAGUCUUUCUCUCUGAGGAUUCGUCCGGAGAUGAGCUCCAGUACGACGACGACUCCAUCUCUGGGUUUCCAGACAGUUUUCUCUUCUCCGUCCCCUUUGAGUGGUCACCUCUGCCACAGCCGUACCGCUCCCUGAAGGAGGUAGAGUUGAUAGAAGGGGAUGAUCCUAGUUUUGGGGCAGAGAGUCACACAGCCCCUCCCAGCCCAGUCAAUGAGAAGUUCUCCAAUGUCAACCUGCUUGGCGAUAUCUUUGGUUGCCAGGACGAGCCCGACAGCCAACCAAUUACCUUGGCUAAAAGUCUUGAGGACCUGAGGACUCCAAAAGACCCUGGGGAUCUACAAGCCAAGUUUACCUACCAGCGGAUGGACCUGAGUGUCAGUGAACACUCGCGAACGCUUCCAGGCCUCAAGCUCUCCAACCCUUACAACAAGCUGUGGAGUAUAGCACAGGAUGAAACAGCCUUGCCGGUUUGCGUGCCUCCUACCUGUGAUAGACCUCCAUCUGUCCAACUUCCUGUGCUGACAGAAGCACAUUCACCAAGCCGUGAAAUCUCUGGCCUGGGCCCUGACGCUUUGGAACCUUCCACCCCUGGAAACAUCACCAUUCCACGUCCUCACGGAAGAAAGACGCCCGAGCUUGGUACUGUCUUAGCACCCCCCAUGCCCCAGUCACGCUCUAAAGCAGUAGGAACUGGUGAAGGAAGGACUACAUCAGGGGGGCAAGAGUUUAGGCAAGCCCUGAGUAUGUCCACAGAUGGAGACCUGCUUAAGCCCACCAAGGUAGCCGAGGACGGUAUAGAUCUGAUAAGCCUUCUAGACCCCCUUAACAGCUCAGCAGAGACUAGUUCCACUUCGCUAACGGACGGGGUAGAUAUCGGUAUGUCGUCCUCAUCCUGCAAACCAACACUACCCCCCAGGUCUUACCCACAGGGCUUUCCUCCUUUCCCAGUGCAUCCUCACAUAUCACUAAACCCUUUUGCCCAGUUUCCGCAGCACACCUCCCCUCAAAUGCAAUACUCACUGACUGUUAGCGGGAAUCCCUUCAGUGCAGUCUGUGGUCCCCCACCAGGCUCUUACGCUCACACUCCAGCUCCGCCACAGUCCUUUUCCACCCUACCGGGGCUCUACAGACAGCAUUCACCAGGCAGUUCCACUCUGCCCCCCAGCUAUGGACUGCUCCAGUCAUCCUUCCCCUCCUCAGUCACCUCCCUGCCUCAUUCCUCUGCCAGCAAUCAUGCCCUGUCCAGCCUGGCAGACUCCACGCCUGUCCCCAGUACAGCCAUGAACAUGCUAGCAAAGCCACUUCAUGCUGAGGGAGAUAGCCAGAAGACUCAGGAUCCUUUUGGGGACCUGCUGACUAUGGCCAAGCCAGCUACACCCCAAAAAAAGAAGGUGGAGGACCUUCGGAGGAGGUGGGAAACAUUUGACUAAAACCUGUGAAUAUGUGUUGAGAUAUCCCCUCUGUCACUACCUAAUCUUCAGUCACUAUUCUGUCAUACCUUCUAUUGCAGUUACUGACACAUUAGCUCUAAAACACUAGAGUAGAGUAGGUGGAUUAUCAGGAACCUGUAGCAUACCAUACAGGUUGUAACUGUGUCCGCACUCGGCCAGUAGUCGCUGUGUCAGAAUUCCACCCUGCCGCCUGCCUCUGAAAUAUCUUAACUGUUACGUCUUCGGGUGGCAGGCGCAGUGGCAACCGCUUGCUGUCUUAUGGGUAUAAUUCUUUCGAUUUUCCUUAUAUCAGAAUCUCACUUUUGAUUCUAUCGAUCAUCAGCAAUUUUCAGCAACAGCCUUUGAAUGUAUUCGCAUUCUGUAAUUACCUCUCUGUGUAGUAGAUUUCGUUCUUACCGGGGGGGGAGGCCUGCCUGUCUUCUGUGGGAUUCGCAACAGAGUUUCACAGGGAACUAUGCAUGUACUGAAAAUGAUGCAAAAGACUAUAAUGGAUCAUCAAAGUUUUGCGGUGGUAAACAAGAUUGUUGACGGACGUCUUUGUGAAAACCAUGGGACGUAAUGAAUCCUCUCAGAGUGAUUGCUGAAGGGGGGGGCAGCAUUGGUUAGCGCUGUCGCCUCAAAACAAACAGAAGGUUCUGGGUUCGAAGUUUGUGGAGUUUGCAUGUUCUCCCCCAGUGGUUCUCCCCUCCUGGUUCUCCCCACCUCUUGCCCAAAGUCACCCCCCCCCCCCCCGACCCCGUGACCCAUAAGAGUAAAAGUGGUAUAGAUAAUGAAUGGAUCAUUGCUGAAGGUGUGUUUGUUUCCCCCAGUGGUUGAUAGCGACAUCUCCUACAGAACUCUGGGCCUUGUAUUUUUAACACAUACCUGCCAUUACACCUAGUCAACACAGGUGUCGCCAAAUCAACCUGUACUGAAAUCUUGAGAAUUACAAUUUAAAAUAGCUUUUAUUGUCGGUGUUGGUGGUUCACUCACGUAUUAUGAACAGUUACUGUGGUUUAUGACUUUCAUUCUCGACCAUAAUGACUUGAGUUUCUCCUGUUUUGAUGUAUCAUUAACUGCAACAGAAGGUCAUUGUCCUGUAGGUAGGAAUGGUCAUGUGACGAAAGGUCACGCUCACAUUCACGCACAUGCCUCCCCUCCGCACUACCUUCAGCUCUGCUGAUGACAAAACUGUGUAUCUGGUGAACAAACGGAGCUUGUGGACUGUCUCACCAGCCCACAGCAUUCAGACUCAGCUCUACCCGUCAGAGCAUCAUCUGAAUUUGGAUAUUUCAUCUGGUUUCAUUCUCCGGCCAUCCUGAAGAGGGAAAUUGCACACAGAGCCAACCUUGCUUCAAGAUGUUCAGAUGCCAACAGCUACUCAGCACUGUCGCCACUCGCUAACUAGUUGCUAGCUCCGUUCUUUGCACACACACACACCCUCUCGUGUCAUCUGUCUUUAAGGCCACCACUUUAGCUUAGCGCUUGGUCAGUAUAGAUUUGUGACUUUAGAAAUAGUACGCAGUAUUUCCUGAGAGAGGAUAUACAUCGCACUCACAACAGCAUAUGUCUCAGUGAUGUCAACUUCGACGAUUAGCUUGUCUUAUGAAAAGUAGCUAGUCUGCUGUGGUCAGUUAACGUCCUAAUGGCACUACGGUACCGCUACAGAAUGCGGUGCAUCUCAGUCAUGCAUUUAACUCACCUGUUGGUGUUUUUGGUAGCUUCGUGCAUGGUGUUACUGUUUUAUUUUUUUCUUUCUUCCUUUUUUUUUUUUUUUUUUUUGGCCUUCAUGACUGACCUGUGAAAUGUCUUGCCUCCAACUGUUUUUUUUAAAAAGAAAACAUUUUAAGAAAACCUACAAGCCUACAAUAGACUGUCAUGUCCCUAAACUGAUUUUAAACAUUUGUCCACUUGAAUAUACAUACUGGGACUCUGAGACACUUUAUUGUUGAGUUAAAGGGUCCUUUCACCUUUCCUGCUGCAGAUAUAUGCACUGUAUAUUUCCCUGUGUUGGUUUAUGCCUUAGUUGAGCAUUACUUUGUGUUUGAUGACAGUGAUGGCUGCUUACACAUUGUGAUGACCAUUGUGCAUAGAGUAGAAAUACUGGUCUCACAAUUUGGCCACAAUUUUUUUUUUUUUUUUUAAAUUUCAGCUCUUCUGACUUUGACACAAAAGGUGUAGCUGUCACACCUUGACAGCCUCAUGAUCUUGGAGCAUUCGUGUGUGGUGAAUGCCAAAAGUCCCAAUCGCUACAAGGUGCUGUACAGGUCUGCUGUUGUGUGUGUGCGCGUGUGUACAGAUGACACUAUAUUUAUUCUAAGACUGAUUAAAGAGUGGUGACUAGUAUCCUACUACUGCAUAAAUCCAAAUAUGUCAUCAUGUCAGCUUCAUUUGAUUAAAAUUCCACUUCUGACUCUGAUGAUGGACACAUUCAUUACCUUGUCACAUUUUUCUUUCCUGUGAUGACAGAGCCCACUUUGUGUGUUGGUCCAGAAUCAGACAUAUCAUUUAAAAUGAAUAAUUCAUGGUCCCUGCAGGAGAAUUCCUGACUAUUUUAACCUCUAUCCUUUUCUCUAGCACCACCAUCAGAUUUCCACUUGCUCAACACUUUGGUCCAUGACUCUAUACAUCAGAAAUAUGGUUUUGAGAGGAUGAAUCUUAUGUCAUUGGUGAUUAUCAGGACCUUUUAAUACUGCCAUCACACCAGAAUGUCCACUUGUACAAAAGAAAUAUUAAAAUCGGUCUCAAAAUAUUAAGAUCUGCAACAGCGUUCUCAAUUUCAUCCAGUGGUGGUUGAUGUGGUUGUGUUAAUGUCUGUGGUCAAACUACAGAGAAAGACAAACAGGUUGGACAGAAAAUAAUGUGGGAAGGGGCGCAAGCAUACGCUCCUGGGGCUAGCAUGGCUAACAUCCACACAAUAACGCUGUACAAGCUGAAAAUGACUAACUUUUUUUUGUCAAAGACUUCACUGACUGUACCCUUCAUCCAUGUCAUCGCACUCACUACACUUGGCAGCCAAGAUGUCGCACCUUCCCUUAAACUGGCUGGACAAUUAUUUGGAUAUAAAUCUUGGUGAAGCAAAUGAGAAUCAAAUGUGCAUUUGAAAGCAGGUCCAUCAGAUCUCCAUAAUCCAUAAACAUAACCCCUUGUUUAUAUGAAGAAAUAGAGGGUACAUUUUUGGUGUGAUUUCUAACGAAAGUUUAGCAAAGUCUCAUGAGUUUAGUCUCAGGAUGUUUUCACACGACUCAAACAGACACUUCAAACAAGCAUUUGAUUUUGGACCAGAAUAAGACCACAUGAAAAGGAGAUGAAAAGAUACCACUUAUCCUUCUGAGGGUCGUGGUGAGGCCAGAGCCAAUCACAGCUGACACUGAGUGAGAGGUAGGAUGUCUGCAUUUGCAAAUUAGUUGAGCUGGGCCGGUGGAAAGCAAUUCCAUGAGCGGACAUCCAAGAUACAUCCAACACCUGAUGUUUUCUGAUGGGUACCGAGCCUCACGUUGCUGCUGCUAGCUCUUCCUCCUGUGUUAAACUCAGAUGGGUCGGCGUUGAAUUUUAAUGCUCAGGAAGGAAGGUUAGCAGGGAAGCUAACCUCACCCCAGCCCCAACCAGUGAACCUGUCCUGAACACAUUGUUGGUUAUUGUCUCUGAUAAACUAAAAUAUCCGGUCAGGAUUAAUCCUAUGUGAAAAAAUAUAGCUGAAUUCAUAUGGCAGUAUAUCCAGUCUUCCCAGUGCAGUAAUGUAAAUCAGAAAUCAUUAGUGCUCUCAUACAAACUACUUUUGACUCUCCCUUUUUUUUUUUUUUUUUUUUUGAACAUCCUUAAUUGCAACUCACAUUUUGUGUCUUUUG